AUGGAUCGAAAUGAACGAAAAUCGUCAACAUUGUUUUCAUCAAAAAAUGAAAAAAUUACUCAAUUUGAAAACGAUAUUAAUAAGUCACGAUCUAUUAAUUUUCGUCUUCCUUAUUUUCGACAAACACAAUCAAAAAAAAUACAAAAUUAUUUUCAAUAUCGAUCUUCUGCAUAUCAACAAGUUAAUAAACAUUCUUAUAAACAUUAUUCAUUUAUUGAAAAAGAAAUGAAUUAUUUAACUUCGAAUUCAAAUCAAAAAUUCAUACGACAUAAAACAAAUACAGAUAAUAUACAAGAUAAUGUUCAAGAAUAUUGUCGAUAUAGAAGUGCUACAAUAUAUAAUUCGAAAAACGUAUCUAAUGUUAAUAAUAAUCUUCUUUCUCCAAGUUAUUUAAAAUUGACAAAUCAAAAUUCUCAUGAAUAUUCAAGAUAUAGAGAUUCUCGAUCUCCACGUAGGACAUCAAUAAAUGAAGUUGAAAGGUUACAUGUAAAACCUCAUGAAACAUGUCGAUCUUUAUCUUAUAAUAGUGAUGUGGAGCGUUUUCCUGUUCCUGACAAUAAAGUUUUUUGGAAUGUUAUAUUUAAUGAUUAUCAACCUGUAGAAUAUACAACUGAGAAAAUAAAACAUAAUCCAAAAGCAGAUCCUAUUGAUCCAUCGAAAAUAAAUAAUUUCAAUCAAAUUGAUAAAAAGAUUGAUCGUACAAGUUUUACUGGACGUUAUUAUGUUGAUUCAAUAACAAAUAGACCACGAAAUCCAAUGGGAAGAACAGGAAUAACUGGUCGUGGUCGUUUAUAUUAUUGGGGUCCAAAUCAUGCUGGUGAUUCAGUUGUUACUCGUUGGCUUCGUGAUAAUAAUGGCUCAAUUGUUUAUCGUCGAGCCAAUGCACAAGAUUGUCUAAAGCCAGUUCUCGAAUUUGUAGCCAUUGAACGAAAAGAUACAAAAACAUGGGCUCUACCCGGAGUAUGA